GUUCAAGCUUAAAAUUAAUCUUCUGGCAGAAGCUAAUCAACUCGCCACUUUGUUCAAUUAGCAACUGUCUUCCUGGCUGCGAAGUGUGACUGCCCUUUUCUUCUAUGAAAAGUUGAAAAGUUCAUUGCAAUAAAAAGAAGUUGUACUUCUCCCGUGAAAUAUCGUCAAAGACAGUUGUCAGAAUGUCUUUUAAGAAAGAUCUGCGGUUGCUUCUUAAACCGUAUUACUUAGUAAACAUUAUUAUCAGUCUCUCAUAUAUCAUCUGCAAGCGUAUGCCAAUUAUAUGUCAUUAUGUUUUUGCACAAACUGAAUGUGAACUCGAUGGGAGAGAAACAGAGAUCCUGUUUUUCUUAAUAAUCGUAAUAAUGAUUAGAACCAGAAAGGCAGGAAGUGUUACGAUGAUAAAUUACCUCUCUUCGAGUUUUGUCUAUACGAAAGCAGCUAACCUGAUUCUCUGGUUCUAUGCUGAUUUUCGUAUGGGUAUUCUAUUCGGUGUUAUAUUUAUUUUUUGUGGUUUGAUAUUGCCAGAACCAACCUAUCAAGGUCCUGAAAAUGUUAUUUACUUGAGAGGAGCCACUGGCUUGCAGGAAGAACUGCAACGAGACACAAGAGUUACGUGGCUUGUGGCAUUUUACACAGCAUGGAAUCCUGCCUGUGUAAACUUUGCUCCUACUUUUUCGCAGUUAUCAGCUGAAUAUGCUCUGGAAAACUUGAAGUUCGGCAAGGUUGAUAUUGGAAGAUAUCCUGAUGCAGCAGCCAAGUAUCGAGUCAGUGAUUCCAGUACUAGCAGACAAUUACCUACGUUAGUACUGUUCAAAGAGGGAAAGGAGAUCGAAAGGCGACCUUAUGCAGACAGCAAGGGCAAACUAAUUAAAUUUCUCUUUACAGUGGACAACGUUAAAGCGGCAUUUGAUCUAAACAAUAUCUAUAAAGAUUGUAAAAAUAAUCCUUUAAAGAGGAAGGAUAAGAAACCACUAAAAAUCGAAUGAUCAUCUUUAGAAUUUUGAAUUCUGAAACGCACAUGCUGGUGAGCCGCUAGUAUUGUUAUCAAAUGAUUUCAACAAUGGCUGCAACCCUAUGAAUUGGAUAUGAUUAAAACGUUUUUGGCCAUUGUUGCAAUUGCAUUCGAUACCACACAAAGUCUAGCGCAUUGCAGCAUGAUUCAUGUCAUUUUUAGUCAUUUGCAAUGAAUUUCAUGAAUUACAGUCACACCUAUCCAGUAGUCCUCGUUGUAUUUUGUAUUAAAUUAUAAUUUAUGUUACGACACAUUAGCAGUAUAAGUAACAAUAAUAGUAACGUAAACAAUAACGAAUGACAACAAUAUACAACUUCUUAUGUAUAUUGUGAAUAUAGAGAAAAUUACAAUUCACACAAAUUCUUGUCAUAUCCAAGAUUUUCUUCCGUCAACGUGUCACUCUCUUGUCUUCAUUGAAAUUGAUACAAUUUUAAAAUACCUAUAAAACAUACCUUCUAUGGACUAUUUACAAUGGUGGCCAAAGAAGAGCGACUUCACUGUGUGCAGAUUCUGGCAACCAUUUCUGAUAUGCAGAGAGAAGAACUGAAAUGAAGUAUUUUUUUUUAUAAACUUUAAGACUUGGUGUCUAAUUCUAUAAAAUUCUCUGCUACUGCA